UCAGCGGCUCUGCUCUUCCUGCGCAUUGUCUUCUGUCAUCUUGGCACAGCACCCUGGUUAGGGCAGGGAAACUAUUUCUGUCAUCACCGCAAUCCCAGAAAGGUGAAUAUAUAUCAAACAAUGGGGAACAGAGACGACGAAUAUGAUUUCUUGUUCAAAGUCGUACUAAUCGGAGACUCUGGAGUGGGGAAGAGUAACCUGCUGUCCCGUUUCACAAGAAAUGAGUUCAACCUGGAGAGCAAGAGCACCAUUGGGGUGGAGUUCGCCACCCGCAGCAUCCAGGUGGACGGCAAGACGAUAAAGGCUCAAAUUUGGGACACAGCUGGACAGGAACGCUACAGAGCAAUCACCUCAGCGUAUUACAGGGGUGCCGUUGGGGCUCUCCUAGUUUACGACAUCGCCAAGCACCUGACAUAUGAGAACGUUGAACGCUGGCUGAAGGAGCUGAGGGACCACGCUGACAACAACAUCGUCAUCAUGCUGGUUGGAAACAAGAGCGACCUCCGCCACCUCAGGGCAGUGCCCACUGAUGAGGCUCGAGCCUUUGCAGAAAAGAACACUCUCUCAUUUAUUGAGACAUCAGCGUUGGACUCCACAAAUGUAGAAGAAGCCUUCAAGAACAUUUUAACAGAAAUCUACCGCAUUGUGUCGCAGAAGCAGAUAGCGGACAGAUCUGCACACGAUGAGUCUCCGGGCAACAACGUAGUGGACAUAAGUGUCCCCCCAACCACUGACGGGCAGAGGGGCAGCAAACUCCAGUGCUGCCAGAGCCUGUGACGCUCAACUCCAUGACACUCAUCCUCCACCCCUCCACAUCCACCUCCACCUCGACAUUACAUGACCUGUGCACUUUUUUGUUUCCGUCGAUCUGCUCACAGCCAACUCCCUUGUCACUCUAUCCUUUAUUUUUCUUUCUGCCUUUUAUUCUGUUUUAUGUAGGACUUUUGAAGUCACUCGUUCUCUUCUCUUCUGCCAUGAAAGAAAACUUCAAGAAGCCUUUAUGCCACUUGGUCAGUCGAGUUGUUCAUGGAGUCAAUGUGAAGGUUCCUGCAAUGCAGGAAAAAGGCAGUUGUUGCUGUCUUAAUGAAGCCUGUGAAGUUGUUUGAACCGAACUGAACUGAAACUCUGUCGUGUACAGGGAGGCUGUGAAAUACAUUUCAAUGGUUACCACUAGAUGGUGCUGUGCUAAAUAAACUCCAGGCAGUUACUCCAACCUGGUGAAGCAGUAUUAUGACAGUGUGGUUCUUCUAACUUUCCUCUUACAUCAGAUAAGUUAUCAUGCCAAAAAUAUCCUCAUUAUGUAUUUAUUGAUGAAUAUUUGGCUUACAUUGUCAUUGUUUUACUUUAAAUUUAAGAACUGUAUAAAUUUACAAUAAAAUUCUCAACUAAAG